AGGUGCGUGUGGCUGUGAAAACUUUGGUGCGCAGUACUUGGUCGCAACAAAAAUGCCCGGCUUGCGGAUUUGAAUAGCUGCGGUGUUUGAAUACCAAAACCUCCGAGCGGAUCGCUCUGGAGCACGUAGCCUCCACCCCAAACUAAUACCCCAUUAUCACUAGUAUAGCCAAACCGGACGAGAUCUCCUGACAACAUGCCCUGUUUUGAGUAGAGGAGCUCUCUCUCAGACCAAGGAGGUCGCGCAGACAUAGUUUGGAUACUAUUUUUCUUCGGCACCAUUAGCAUGCGGACCGGGUCAGGGAAUACACUAUCCCCUUUGAUAAAAUGAAAGGAUCAGACUGUGACCAAUGAGCGGCCGGUGGACCGGAUGUAACUCUCCCCAGAGGCUGCUAAUGAGGUGUCAGUUUCCAUCAGAUUGACGCGGCCUGGCCCUCCAUAUUUGGUGGACACACAUCGGGGGAAGCCUGGCCAACUUGAUCAGCUCUUCCACCGCAGGAUUUACUGGGCUUGGAAAACAUGGGAGAAGCGAAGGGAUAACGAUCCAUGAUCGUACAUGGAGGGCUUAAUCGCGGGGCCGCGGUGAGAACUAGAUGGAGCCCCGGAGAAGCCGCCAGCAGCCGACUGUGCGACACAAGGAGCCGGAUCUAGUGUGGUUACCCCGUCAACUGUGUCCGGACAGUCCCCGCACCACCCCGCGGACACAAACCUUCACGCGGCGGGACCCGAGCCGACCCGGCCCCGCGCGGAGGGACAGACACAGUAGUCCUCGCGAGCCGGGCAGGCGGUCGGUUCAACCGGUCCCCGGAGUCGCUCGGGAGGUUUCCAGGGUACAUCUCAGGAACAGCUCGGGGACACGAGAGUCCCGGGAAUCGGGGAGAGACGGCAGCGCCUCCCGCUCUGAAAAUGGCCGCGACUCGCGGAGUCCUCCCCACGGAAGUUCCGCUCGGAUUUCACGGGAAUCAGCCAACUUUGCGCGGCAGGGCAACCUGCGGAGUAGCUCGACUAGAAGGGCGGAACGCAGCUCUGGGGACAACAGGAGCGCGCGGGUUCAAGUCCCAGAGAACGAACAGGACGUUCUUUCUAUAGACCAGAUUAAACCCAGCUCACAUCGAGUGGAGAACGAGUACGUGGACCCCUUCAAGAAGACCAAAAAUAACAACAGUCUGCAAAGAACUUCAACCGGGUCGCUAAGGUCUGUCAACACUAUCGUACGAGUGGACAGUAGGUCCGACCGGGACCAUGUAGAGGUAAGGACGGUCGCACACAAGAAACCAAAGUUUCAACACAACACCAGCACCAUUAAAAAGGAGACGGACAAGAAUAAAAUCAAGGUGAGAACUGAAAUCAAAUCGGAGGAGCAUCCUUUCUUCCAGUGUUCGGAGUGCGGGAGAUGCAUAUGUCCGGAUUGCGCAGAGAAGAAAAUAGAAAGUACAAACGAUGCAACCUGCGGGAAUAGGUUGAUGUGUACUAGUGAAGAUGCUCUGGAUUAUGCGACAUGUAUGUGCUGUGUGAAGGGAGUUUUCUACCACUGUAGCAAAGACAACUGUGACGAUGAUUUCCGCAGCGCAGACAACCCCUGUUCCUGCAGUAGGAAACACUGCUUCCUCCGCUGGACUGCCCUGGGACUCAUGGGGAUGUUCCUGCCCUGUCUGUUGUGCUACCUUCCUGUGCGGGGAUGUAUGAGAUUAACCACCGCCUGUAACCACAGAGAACAUAAAAAGGGAUGUUUGUGUAGAAGUCAGGCUCAAAGCACCAACUACCAAACGAACUGCUAGCAAACAGGAUAUGUACAGACUCGCCAGUACAGGUAAACUUACUUAUAAGUAGUAGAUAAUAAAUAAAGCCAACAAAUUAUGUUCUCAAGCUAGUGGACAGCACUGCCUGUCAUGCUCAUUUGCAUAGCCUUGUACCCAUAAAUCUAUUUUCUAUCCUCCCAGUGUCUAUUCCCUAAAUCACCUGAGAAAUAAUCCAUAACUAUCUUACUAUUUCUGCCACAAUAUUCUUAACUCUUUGUUCUGUUGUAACAAUUGUCAUAUGUAAAAUUUCUAUAUACUAAAAUUGUUCUGUUACCAACUGCACAUUCAUUAUUAUGUAUAUGGUUCAAUCUGUAUUCUCUAUUAUUACCCAAAGUUGUAAAUCAUGAGCCAGAGUAUAUUGCGCAAGACCCGCCCAAACCACUGCUUUGUGAAAGACAACUCCGAGACUUUGUAUACAGUACAGCUGUAGUUGAAAAUUUUCCCCUUUGGUUUGUACAGUGUUGAUAAAAGGUGACAACACUGAAGGAUACUCAUUUCAAAAUGUUCAGUGGGAAAGUGUUCAAUUGGGCUUAUCUCUUAAUUUCUUGCAUACCUACUCUGCAAUGGAUCGCAUUUUAAAAGAGUCCUUCAUACUUUUUUUCAUAACCAAACCUUAGACCUAACCUGGAAAACCCUUUUUGUUUUGGCCACAUUCUCACUUUAAUUUCAUUCCUUAUCUUGGUUUCAACAUGUUCUACAUGUAUCUGUCUGUUAUCCCUGUACUGGGAUGCCUCUGGCUCGCAGAGGAAUCCUCUUGGGGAUAGACAUUUGUUCUACAGUCUGCAUUGGUCCUGACUGCAGCUGUAGAUGGCAUUUCCCCUCUCCCCCUCCCUUUACAUCUAAAACCAGAUGUUUGAGAAAUCUACUCUCUGCAUGCAUGCCGAGCAGAAAAGCCAGAAAUGAAAGGUUUGUGUCAAAGAUUUGCUCCCUGCGACUGUGCAAUGUACAGGAAAAAGGCACUGUAUGUCAUUCGGUUCACAACAACUAACUCUCCCAGGAACUACAUCUGUCAAAUGGCUGGUCCAUUCCAGCAGCAGUCAAGGCUACUCCAUUCUGGCACACGUAGAUGCCCCAGUCACCCCUGCUAGUCUUUUGUAAAGACAGAGAAGAUUGUUGAACACUAAACACGUUUUCCCUACAAGUCUCCCAAAUGGUCUCCCACAGAAAAGGUCACGGGACUGUUUGUUUAUUUUUGUAUAUAAUUAUGUUGAGAGAGGUGCCAUAUUGUAUGAAAAUGUGUACAGUAUUAUAUGAUUUGUUGUAUCAUUCCUGAAAAUAUUGAACAUGUAAGAAAUUUUGGAGAGAAUUUGUUGAGAAAGCAAAGUCAGUAGCACUUUUGCGAGAGUGUAUAGUUGUUACAAUGUAUGUUUGUAUAUGUACAAAAUCCUGUCUCUUCCUAAAAAUAUUUAAGACCUUUUCUCAACACCUUUAUUUGCAUCUGUUGCUAGUGGAAGAAAAGUAUUUAUUAUCAUUAUUUUGGAAUUCUAUUAUUUUAUGAUAUUUAUUUCUGCCAAAUGCCUGAAGGUCAUCUAGAGUUCAUUUAGGAUUGGUAGUAAGUUGCUCCUUGUGGGAGUAUACUUAAAUCAUUCAACACUGCCAUUUGUGGGGAAAGUACAACCAAUCACCAAUAAAAAGCUUGAGUUACUGAGUUUAAUUGGA